UAAGUGUUUUUCUCUGAAGUAUUUGCAAUAUGUUGAAAAUAUUUCUUUUGGCGAUAGUCACUACGGCCCUCGCGGCCCCCCAGCCCCCUUUGCAAGCCGCUGAAGCUUGCGACGCUUCCAAGUGCAAGCUGCCUGAAUGCAGGUGUGCCUCCACAAACCCCCCUGAAGGGCUCGACCUCGAGCAAAUCCCCCAGUUCGUUUUCCUUACAUUCGACGAUGCCGUCCAAAUCACAAAUUACGAGAUCUACACCGAACUGUUCUACAACAAGACCAAUCCUGACGGUUGUCCCGUCCAAGCAACAUUCUUCUUGUCCCACGAGUACACGGAUUACACCAAAGUGCACGAAUUGUACGUAAACAAACAGGAAAUCGCUCUGCAUUCGAUCACGCAUCAGGCUUUGACCGAUUAUUGGAGGAAUCUCACUCUGGACGGACUUCAAGCAGAGUUCGGGGAUGAAGCGACUUUGAUUACACACUUUGCCAAUAUCCCACAGGAGGCCUUCAAGGGAAUGAGGAUCCCCUUUUUGCAGUUGUCAGGAGAUAACAGCUUCCAAUUUGCCAAACAGCUCGGCCUGACCUACGACUGCUCGUGGCCGACCCAGACCUUCCGGAAGCCCGGACUUUGGCCCUACACCCUUGACUACAAGUCGAACCAGGACUGUCCCAUCGGCCCAUGCCCGCAAAGCUCGAUUCCGGGCGUGUGGGUGGUGCCCAUGAUCGACUGGACUGACUUGAGCAACAACGUGUGCUCCAUGGUCGAUGCUUGUGUCGACAUUCCCGACGAUGACGCCGACAAGCUUCUCCAGUGGUUUAUCGACAAUUUCAACGUCCAAUACAAAGGCAAUAAAGCACCAUUUGGGUUCUACAUCCACGCUGCUUACUUUGCCGUAAAUCCGGUGCGUCUUGAGGCGUAUAAAAAAUUCGUCGAUUAUUUGCAAGGUCUGAAUGAUGUGUAUCUUGUGAGUCCGAGUAAAGCCAUCGAGUGGAUCAAGAACCCUGUACCUAUGGGGGCCGAAGGCUGGCCUGCGUGUCCUGAUGUAGAGGAUUUGGGUUGCACGUCUCAAACUUGCCAGUUGAUGAAGGAGGAUGAUCCGAAUCCGAGGUAUAUGACAUUCUGUGGGUCCGAAUGCCCAGCUGUGUAUCCCUGGCUUGGGAAUCCGUUGGGGGAGAAGUAA